UAGAGGUCAGUGUAGAAAUGGCUGCGAGCGUGAUGAAGCUGUCUGGCUUAUUCAGACCACUGGGUUCUCUUGUGAGGGGCUGUGUUCAUCGGGAUGUGACCCCAGCAGCACAGCUGUCCCGACUCUUCUCAACUCUCCGCUUGGAGCAGGGAGUCAGGAGACCAGCAUUACUACAGCCCCCCUGGACCUCAGUGUUACCAUCCAACAGUCAGCUCACACUCCAGAAUACUAUUUGCCACAGGACACAACUCCUGCUGCCCAGCCUGCUGUCGCAGCCACUCAGGAGCCUGACCUACUACAGCCUAAAGAAGGGGAAGAGGAAGACGGUGAAGUCAGUGGUGAAGAGAUUCCUGCGACUGCACUGUGGCUUGUGGCUGAGGAGGAAGGCGGGAUAUAAGAAGAAGUUGUGGAAAAAGCUGCCAGCUCGGAGGAGGCGCUUGCGCCAGCACGUGUUCUGCAACCGCACGCAGUCCAAACUCCUGGACAAAAUGACGACCUCCUUCUGGAAGAGGAGGAACUGGUACCUCAAUGACCGCUAUCAGAAGUAUCACGAUCGCACCAACCUCAAGUUCUAAAGGGUGUGGGACUCCUCCCAGGACCUGUCUGUGCCGAGGGCCAGGACACGCCCCCUUUGCACUGAAAACCUAAAUUGUCACGAGGGAAUCCAUUCUGCAAAUUAGCAUGAGAUUUAUUGUAUUUGCAUACUGUAUAUAUGGUAUGCAUAUGGUGUGCAUAUGGUGUCCAAAGGAUUGGUACAAAGGCAGGUACUAGCGAAAGUGGUAACAGUUUUGUUGAAUGUUUUCCAUUUUACAUUCAAAGGUGAGCUCCCACACAACUUGCUCAUCUUGGUGAGCAGCGAUCGUUAACAUGUGCCAUUUCAGUCAGCUCUGUGUCUCGAGUUACAAGAAGCCAAAGGUGUGAAAUUUAAAGGUCACCUGUAAGCCGAGUAAAUAAAUGUAAUGUUCUUUAAUGGAUUAUCAUUAAUUAAUAAAUGCCCAUGCAUGCAUCCCUAGCGCAAGCCUUGGGUGU